AGUUGCUGACAACAUUCUAAGACAGUUCCACACCAGCUCAACAUGGCCUACAAGUUCACCAGCUCCCUGCUCCUGAUCGCAGCCGUUGCUGCCGUUUCUCUGGCGGAACCUGCACGGUUCCGUGGCCGAUCCUCUCGGCUGCAGUUUGCUAGACAAGAGCAAGUUCCAGAGGACCAGGCUGCUCCGGCCGAUCCCGCUGUGGAUAUUGCGCCCACUCCGGCCUCGGCUCCCUAUCCGCCGGCCGGAGUGACUCCGGAAGUGCCCUUCGACCUGCCCACGGAGACCGAAGCUCAGCCUGACCUGACCUACGGACCGCCAGCUGAGCCGGACAACACCUACGGACCCCCGGACAACACCUAUGGACCUCCUGCCGAGCCUGAUAACACCUAUGGACCCCCAGCUGACGAUGUCCCUGUUGAGCAGGCCCCUCUGGAUGCUGCCGAGCCCGUUCCCGCAAGUCUGAUCCAGCCCCGUAAUGGACGCCUCCGCAGCCGCCGUCCCGUUCCGGAGAAGUUGCGAUCCGCCCAGAUCAUUCGCUCCCGACCAGUGCUGGUCUAUACCAUCUAAAGUGGGUCCAUCGCCUUUGUUAACAUAUGGAUGGAAUCGAAACAUUAGGAUACACAUAUUUAAAUCUGUUGCUAAAUAAAUAAUCGAUUUGUUGUUAAAUAUAUUAAAAGAUCAGUUUUUAUGUAGAGACUAACUAGUAAUGAGGAGGGUUGGUAAAAGUUGGUAAACUGGCUUUGCAGUUGAAGCUGAUAACAAUAAUAUUUGACUUUUUCAAUAAACACUUUUACUAUAAAAUGUCACAAUAAAUAGCACUACGAUUCACGUGAAACUUAUUGCACUAUGCAAGAAUAAGAAAUAAAUCAUGUAGACUAAAAUCAA